AUAAUAUUUUUUUUUACUUAUUUUUCUUAUAUGUUCAUGAGGAGGAUGUCACAGUUUUUUAUUGUAAAAAGAAGAGAAAAUAAAAUAAAAUAUGAAAUAAAAAGAAAAAAAGGAGACAAAACAGAAAUAGAAAGUUUAAUUUAUAUAAAAUAUGAUGUAAAAAUGUUGAUUUUUAGGAGGAAAAUUUAAACAAAAUUUCUUCGAAAGAAGAAAUAAGAGAGAGAUUUAUGUUAAUAAAUGCAUGCAUGCAAUUGUAAUCAAUUUAGAUAUGUUACCCCGGGAACAGAGGGUAUAUAUUCAAGGAACGACGCUCGAAAUACUACUACUUUUAUCCGGGCACCGGGCAUAGUGCCCACAAGUAAGCUCUGUCUUUUCGACAAUACACGUAUCUUGCGAGAUUUCGGCUAUUGUAAUUCGAUUAUACAUUUCUGUUCAUUUUUUGUUACUUAUAUUCGAUAAUAUUUUAAAUAAGAUCGGAUAAUUAUUUUCAUUCGUAAUUCGUAACGAAAUUCGUCGUAAAGAAAUAUAAAAUAUUUAUUAUUAUUCAAUAAUUGCUGUGAUAUCAAGAUUAAGUGUAACGUUGCAAGAUGGGGCGCAAAAAGCAUCAUCGAAGGAAAGGAAAUAAUUUAUCGUUAUCGAGAAGAUCGAAAUGCGAUAAUCUCGAUUGCGUUGACGACGGAGAGAAAGCGAUGGAGGAGAAGGAGAGAAAGGGGGAGAAAGAUGGAAGAAGCGAAGGGGAUAAAUUUUCGAGGAGAGAAAAGAGAGGGGACGUGGAGGAGGCGUCGAACGUGCCGAUCGAUGCACGUUCCCGAUCGAUGAGGGCAUUUUUACGGGACGACGACGACGUUUCGUCGACGUUUCGGCGGGAAUCGAGCGAGGAUGAGAACGAGGAAGAGGAAGAGGAAGAGGAAGAGAGAGUCGAGUUGAACGUGAGACCGCGAUUCGUAUUCGUAUCGAGCCUUUGCGCUGUAUGUAUGCAUAGAUCGAAAUUACUUUGCGAGCGUUGCCGAAUGGUAUCUUAUUGCUCGACCGCUCAUCGAGCGCAAGGAUCUACGAAGCAUCGCGAGUUGUGCGAACCGUUGAACGAGAUUCGUUCAUCGAUGGUAUCGAUGCUCUCCUCCGAUAAGUCGGGGAGCGCGCGACUCGAUCCGGAACAGUAUCGCGUUUAUCGAUUAAAAUUGAUCGCGUCCCUCGAAUCGAAGAUCGGAAGACGAUUGGAACUUUGGGAGAGGGAGAUUAUCCUAUAUCCGAGAGUUUGUCGGAGUUGCCGUUGCUUCAGCGAGAAAUCGACUUGUUGCUCUCGUUGCGGAAUGGAAUAUUUUUGCGAGGAACACGGCGAGGGACACGAAAAUUGGUGCGCGCAGUUUCAAAUUUUGCAAAGGGUUUUACUUUUCCAGCAUAGAUACGGUUGGGUCGAUCCGAAAAUUCCCAACGAAUUUCGCCAAAUAUCCGUAACGCGAUCCAAUCUCGAUCUCGACCACUUAUUAUUCGAGAUAUACGGAAAUUGCCCGUAUUAUCGAAACAUGGAUACUUACACGUACUCGACGUUAUCCCAAUUGUGCACGAUUCCAUUGACGGCUCUUUAUUCCACGCAAACUUGUUGCCCCGAAUGGGGGAAUAAAAUCGAAUGGACGAUUCAUCUGGUCGGCGCGGAAUUUCAAUUCGAAGGUAUAAAUUUACGCGUUUGGGAAAAAUUGUUCCUUCAUUUUUUACCAAAUUUAAAGAGGCUCCGUUUGAUCUUGAUCGGUCCGGAAUUACGAUUGCCGAGUGGCGUGCCACCGAGACUUUUAUCCACGGUUCGAUUGUGCAAGAAGUGUAAAUCCACCGGUAGAGCCGUUAACGUUACGUUUAAACCCGAGAUGCUUUAUCACGACGCGGUUGAACGUCUCGCUGCGCCCGAUCUAAUUUGUAUUUACAAUCCUGGCCUCUACCGAAAAACCGGGUUCGGGGGGAAGGAUAGCUGGUUCGAAACGAUACGCGAGUUUUGCAAAGCAUCGGUCCCCGUUGCCGUUACCUCUUACACGAAGCACGAAAUCCUAUGGGAGAUAGCUCGUAUAAGUUCCGUCGCGGAUGUACAAGUCGUGUUACAACCGCGUCAAAAUCCAUUUGCGUCGGUGAAACCGGAUCGAAAUUUUGUCAGCGACGAUACCGAUCCUCUUAUCUACAAGAAUUACUAUCUCACCAUUGUAAAAGGUAAAUCGACCAACGAUCGCUCGUAGCAGGUCGAAAGCAUUCUUUAUUUCCAUUCUUUAUUUCGAAUGAAACGUCAUCGAAAACUUUGCUUCGUUUCGACGUGUCGCGAGAACAUUUCGACUCUGUAACGUGCGUAAUAAACGUUGGUAAUACGAUUCGAGGAUUCGUACUUCAACCUCCAAACGUUCGAAACGAUUUGUUGCUAUUGCGUUCUCUUAUUAUCUACCGCACCGUGUCGCUCGAUUCGACGCUUCGUGUUUCCUCGAAUUUCUAUGUAUAGGCGAGAAUUAUUACACAAGUAAUAUUUGCAACGUGUGAAAAGACCGAUUAUAAUUAUAUAAACCAUUCGUUUUGUUUUGGUUAAGAUACAUACAAAUCGCAAGAGUGAAUAUUAAAUUAUACAAUUAGAGGUUAUACAGUUAUUACGAGCUAGUUUGCGUAUACAUAUCUAUAUCACAGACGAAACUGCAUUAAUAUAUGUUCCGAUAUGUUGGAAUGAUGGAACGCUUGUAAACGCAUUAUAUCUAGAUACUUACGCAGCUUAUGCGUGUACGUAUACCGAUGCAAUAUAUAAUUCGACUAAAUAUACGUAUAAUAAAUAUACGUACAAUAAAUUGUACCUAACAAAUAAAACAUAAUUCGAAACGUGAAAAUUAUGUACAUAAUUAAGGGAUAAGGUGUAUCGUCCAUCGCGUUUCAGAUCAUAACAUACGAUUAA